AACUGCAUCAGAAGUCUCAAACUGGAAAAGGAUAGGGACUACAUUGGAGGCGAAUGGAUCAAGUGCUAAUUCAACCAUUCAAUUAACAACCACCAAGAAAGGCGUCAUAUGGUUGGACCAAGUUUCUGCCAUGCCCCUUGACACGUUUAAUGGACAUGGUUUUCGAAAAGACUUGGUCAACAUGCUGAUAGAGUUGAAACCAGCUUUUAUUAGAUUUCCAGGUGGUUGCUUCGUAGAAGGACAAAGACUAAGUAAUGCAUUUAGGUGGAAAGAGAGUGUUGGGCCAUGGGAGCAGAGACCAGGCCACUUUGGCGAUGUUUGGAAUUAUUGGACUGAUGAUGCUUUUGGUUAUUUUGAGGCUCUUCAACUAGCAGAGGACAUUGGUGCAAAACCAAUAUGGGUCUUUAACAAUGGUAUUAGCCAUACUGAUGAAGUUGAUACAAGCGCUAUCAAGCCUUUUGUGCAAGAUACCGUAGAUGGUAUUGAGUUUGCGAGAGGAGCAGCCACUUCGCAAUGGGGUUCCGUUAGAGUUGCUAUGGGGCACCCUAAGCCUUUUGACCUAAAAUAUGUCGCUAUUGGAAAUGAAAAUUGUGGAAAGCAACACUACCAAGGGAAUUACCUUGCGUUCUACAAUGCAAUAAAACAUGCUUAUCCAGAUAUUAAGAUUGUUUCAAAUUGUGAUGCUUCCUCCAAGCCGUUAGAUCACCCCGCUGAUUUGUACGAGUAUCAUACUUAUCCUCAUGACGCUCGAAGUAUGUUUAAUAACGCUCAGGUGUUUGAUAAGACACCACGUAAUGGUCCAAAGGCUUUUGUGAGUGAGUAUGCUCUAAUUGGAGAGGAACAAGCCAAGCUUGGGACCCUUUUAGGAGCUGUAUCUGAAGCUGGAUUUCUUAUUGGAUUAGAAAGAAACAGUGAUCACGUGGCGAUGGCUUCGUAUGCUCCUCUUUUUGUAAAUGCAAAUGACAGGAAGUGGAACCCAGAUGCAAUUGUUUUUAAUGCGAAUAAGGUUUAUGGAACACCAAGCUAUUGGGUGCAGUACAUGUUUAGAGAGUCAAGUAACGGUGCAACAUUUCUUGAAUCACAGCUUCAAACAACAGAUCCUACUUCACUUGCUGCAUCUGCAAUUCUCUGCCAAAAUCCUCAAAAUAACAAAACUUCCCUAAAGAUAAAGGUUGCAAACAUGAGAAGUGACCAAGUGAAUCUCAAGAUUUCUGUUGAGGGAUAUGCUACAUCAAAUCUUACUGAGUCAACAAUUACUGUACUAUCAUCUAUCAAUGCAUUGGAUGAGAAUACUUUCUCAGACCCAAAAAAGGUAGUACCAAAACGAAGUCCAUUUCAGAGAGCUGGUAAGGAGAUGAAUUUCAUAAUCCCUCCAAUUUCAUUGACCGUAUUUGACUUGUUAUGACAAUCAAUUAUUUGAGGAUUACAAAAUAAUGCAUCAUCGUCAAGGCAGCAUCA